UGCCACGGCCCCAUCCCAAACCCAAACCUACCUGUACCGACACCAACCUGCUUUCCUCUUCGAGUGCUCUCGCUCACGAACCCCACCGAUCAUCCACCACCUACCAAAUGCAGUCGCUGGCGUUUACCUGACAGACAGACAGCCACGAGUGGGCGCACACAAGCACCACUCCACCAGAGGGACGGAGAACUCCGGCGCUCGAGCUGCCACAGCAAGUAGCAGCGGCCGGCGGCCGAUAUGGCGUCCGCGGCAGGCGACGGGACGAGGCGGAAGACGGCGUGCGUCACCGGAGGGAACGGCUACAUCGCGUCGGCGCUGGUCAAGACGCUGCUGGAGAAAGGGUACGCCGUGAAGACCACCGUCAGAAACCCCGAUGACAUGGAGAAGAACUCGCAUCUCAAGGAUCUGCAGGCGCUCGGCCCCUUGGAGGUCCUCCGUGCAGACCUCGUCGAAGAGGGCAGCUUCGACGGCGCCGUCGCCGGCUGCGACUACGCCUUCCUCGUCGCCGCUCCGGUGAACCUCUACGCAGAGGACCCUGAGAGAGACGUGAUCGAGCCGGCCGUGCACGGAACCCUCAACGUGUUGAGGUCGUGCGUGAGAGCGGGCACGGUGAGGCGCGUGGUCCUGACAUCGUCGGCGGCCGCCGUCUCCAGCCGGCCGCUGGAGGGCGACGGCCAUGUCCUGGACGAGGAUUCCUGGUCCGACGUCGAGUUUCUUAGAUCGACAAAGACCGGUGCUUGGGCGUACCCUGUGUCCAAGGUGCUUCUGGAGAAGGCGGCGUGCGCGUUCGCGCUGGAGCAUGGCAUCAGCCUGGUCACUGUGUGCCCCGUCGUCACGGUGGGCGCGGCGCCCGCGGCGAAGGUCAACACCAGCGUGCCCGACAUCCUCUCCCUGCUGUCCGGCGAUGAUGCGAGGAUCAGCAAACUUGAGUUCAUCGAGAGGGUGACCGGCGCGAUCCCGAUGGUCCACAUCGACGACCUCUGCCGCGCCGAGCUGUUCCUCGCCGAGGAAAAGGCGGCGUCGGGGCGGUACAACUGCGGCAGCGUCAACACCACCGUCGUGGGGCUCGCCCGCUUCCUGGCGGCCAAGUACCCGCAAUACAGUGUCAAGACCGACCGGUACGCCGGUCUCACCGAGAAGCCGAGAGUCUGCAUUUCGUCGGCGAAGCUCGUCGGGGAAGGGUUUGAGUUCAUGUAUAAGACCCUGGACGAGAUAUACGACGACGUCGUCGAGUACGGUAGGGCCUUGGGAAUCCUUCCGUGCUAGUAUGAUGGAUGAUCUUAGAAUCAAACGACGCGCUUGCAUGGAAAACAGGCUUAGCCUCCUUUUUCUUACUGGAUAAUAAGCUUAGCCUCCUAUAAAAGUAUAUGAUGAAAUGUGGGUGUUAGUUCAUAUGAAAAGGAUUUGUAAAACAUUAUGGAAAGUGAUAUAUGGAAUUAUGAAGGUUCUCUAGAA